CCACCUCCCUCCAUUCACACUGCAGUGGUGUUUGACAUUUUAUCUCUCGUCACGGAAGGAACAGUGUCAGGCUCUCUCGCACCCAAGGUAUCAAGAGGGGAUCAUUGGAAAACAUUAUUGGAUGAAAAGGCCGAUUUCUACUCUUUUCUGCCUUCAAAGAGUUUUCCAGAGUCCACUAAGCAGGCAUCAUGGAAAAGGGUCAGGGAGUUCCCGUGCCGAUGACAGAUGCAGCACCACCAUACCCAGGCCCCUCUGCAGGCUUUGACAUGGGAGGCUAUCAGGGAGGCCCUCCACCUGCGGGCUACCCUGUUCAACAACAUGGAUACCAGUACUACGAGCAACAGACUCAGAUCAUACAUCCUGUGAAUCAUGUGGUUGUGGUACAGCAGCUGCCAACUGAGGCGCCAGGACAGAUGCUGUGUCCUCGCUGCCAAACCACUGUUCUCAGUCAAACCGAGUACAAAAAUGGUAUGCUCACGUGGCUGAUCUGUGGGAUACUUGGAUUCUUCUUGUGCUGGUGUUGCUGUUUCAUCCCCUUCUUUGUGGAUGCCUGUAAGGACGUGGAGCACACCUGUCCCGUGUGCCGCACCGUCCUGCAUGUCCACAAACGCAGAUGAAACAGCAGAGUUGUCUUACAGUUUUUUUCGAUUGCACUAAAAUCAAAAGUAUAACACAAUAAUCAAAACCUGACACUCAAGGAGCAAAAAAUUGGCCCAGAUUUGCACAACUAUAAGCACAAUGUCAGACUCACACUUUUUGCAGUGAUUUUCAGAACAUUAAACACACUUGUAUCAUUAGACACAGAAGUAUAUCAUGAUGUCACUUCCUUGCAAUUCCAAAGCACUACCUGUCAAACUACCACCCCUAUGAGCCAAUUGGUUCAACACAGCCAUCAGGUGCGCAAACACAUGACUGCUUCAUUGUAGACGCACCAAUCAGGAUUAAGCACUAUACAAAUGCAGCAGGUGAGUUCACCUGUCUUCAACCAAAAUGGAAGAAGUCAGAGAUGAAGAAGAGUGAGGGUGAGAGGGGGAAUCCACGGAGGAGGAGAAGCAGGGAGAGGAAGAGGUGGAGGCCAUGCCAGAGGUAAAGGUUGAGGUGGAGGUAGAAGAAGAGGAAGACCUGAAGCAGGAGGAGAACGUGCUUAAAGAAGAAGAGGACCAAAUUUAUCAAAUGAAAUUUGUAAAAUACUAGUUGACCAUGUCGUGAACCUCAGAUUGACGCUGAGGGAGGCUAGACGAAGAGUUCAGCCGAAUCUCAGCAGAUAUACAGUGAAAUCUGUCAUUGUAACCUGUACUGGAUAAAGAGUCUUAUGUUUGUUUGAUAUUUGCUGAGCUUUGGGUAUAUGGAGAGAAAUAAAUUAUAUUUUUAUCAUUCUG